AAGAACUUUAAAACCGCACCGAAGAGAUGUCCCCACAAGAGAAAAAUGAGAGGCAGCUGGUGGCCAAGAAGAUGAAGCUAACACCUCCAAACAAGCCACAAAUCUCUUCCCACCUCUAGUACUCGAUUACACGUCAAUUCAUAGGAUAACACUCCGAAAUCAAGAACUGAAAACCUGAGAGGAACAUACUUUCGAGAAGGGUGUAAUUUAUUACUUUGUCUCAGUCUUUGUCAAAACCCGUUUCAAGAUUUUGGUUGGAGGCUAUUGCUUUCGAUGGGUUGUUCUGAUAUAGCUUAGUUUGAAUCAAAGUCUGCGGCUUUCUGUGUUGGAUGCUCCAGAGGAACAGUUCUUGGAGUUUCUUGAACUGAAAAUGAGGGAUUAGCAAAAUAUAAAGGCUUGUCUGGAUUAACGUGCAUAAAUUAACAAUGUUGCCAGUUUCUUCAGCCUCCACCAGCUGCUCCUGCCAUACACAGAUUCCUGUCCGUGGAGGUUUGAAAUCCCUUUCCUCAUACUGGAAGGCGUGUGAUAUAAACUGCAACAAUGUCGCCAAAGCAGUUAGGAAUUUCGCAAAUUCCUACGAGAGACGACCUUCUACAUGUUUUUACUCUAACUAUGUUGGGAGAGGUGAACAAUGCAGCUCCGUGGACAUGAUCAAUCAGUCGUAUCAAACCGGAUUAGGCAACAUAAAACCUUUGAACCAUAACAGUUUUCAGGUCGAGGUCAUUGAUGAAUCGCGCCGUUUAGGACCAAACAGUUUGAUAUUUGUAGAUAGCUCGAGCAACUCUGCUGGAGAUAAUCAGCUACCGGAUUUUAUCAGCAAAACCAUUGGCAAUAGUGAUCUGCAACCAAACUAUGCUGAUACCGACUUCAGUGCAUCUCCCAAUGGUGUACCAGUUGAUUUCCCCCCUCCAAUAUCUGAUUCAUUAAACAUUGAUGUAAAUUCAUUAUCUGCCGAGAAAACAAAUUUUUCUGAUAUUGUUGCUGAAAUGAAUGACUCAGUUGCUGAUGUGAUAAACGGAGGAGACAAUGUUUUGAACAAAUCAUUUGAUACCAUCACCUCGUCGCUGAACGCAGCUCUUACAAAUGUUAACGAAGCAGUUGAUAAUGUCAUCAAUGAUAUAUUUUCGUUUAUAAAUAAAUCUGGAGAAUCAGCUAGUAAUAAGCUGACAGAUUUCUCUAGCGAGUUGAAGGAAGGAUCAGGUAGAGCAGGGUUUGUCGCACUUGAUGUGUUGAGGCAAGCAAUUAUGUUAGUUGAGGAUUCUCUAUUAGAGGGAGCCAAAAAUCUUGGAUAUGCUUAUGGUUCUGCUAAGGAAUUUCUCCCUCAAGAAUUCCAAGAUGCACUUAGUUUAUCGGAAGCAAGUGUUUUAAAAGUAUUGGUACCUGUUGGGACUGCUUUUCAACAGGUUUCCAUUGCUGUGGAGGGAUUCGAAGAAAGUCUUGGCUUGGAUCCUAAUGAUCCACUUAUUCCUUUCGUUCUUUUCCUCGGAGUGUCAGCCACUUUGUGGGGAUCGUAUAGAGUGUUAAGAUACGGUGGAUAUGCUGGAGAUUUAUCUCCCCAGUCAACUUGGGAGCUCUUACGAGGAAAUGAGAAUGUUGUACUUAUUGACAUUCGGCCCGAGGAUCUCAGGGAUAGAGAUGGCAUACCUGAUCUUCGAAGGGGGGCUCGGUUUCGAUAUGCCAGUGUAGCAUUACCUGAGGUUAAUGGCUCUGUGAAAAAGCUGCUGAAGGGAGGAAGAGAAAUUGAGGACUCGUUGCUUGCUGCUGUUAUUCGAAACCUUAAAAUUGUUCAAGACAGGUCCAAGGUUUUAGUUAUGGAUGCUGAUGGAACUCGUUCCAAGGGUGUCGCAAGAUCACUGAGGAAGCUUGGAACCAAGAGGCCAUAUCAAGUCCAAGGUGGCUUUCGCUCUUGGGUGAAAGAAGGUUUCCGUGUUAAAGAGCUCAAACCUGAGACAACACUUACAAUUCUCAACGAGGAAGCUGAAGCGAUCUUGGAGGAAAUUAAGCCAACCCCACAGAAACUUAUUGGGUAUGGGGUGGGUAUUGCUGCAGCAGCUUACUCAUUACUAGAGUGGGAAAAGACACUGCAAUUCAUUGGCGUUGUUGGUAUUGGCCUGACUAUAUACCAGCGAGUUGCUACUUACCAGGACUCCGAAGAUCUUAAGCAAGAUGUGAGGCUACUGCUAGCUCCAGUUAGACUGGGAGGUCAGGCUGUUUCAUGGGCUGCUGGGAAAUUAGAAACGAGCCGGAAUGGACUACCCACAUCGCCUUCUUCAUCAGACGUCCAAAGCCGGGUGCUGCAAGCAGCUGCGAAGCUCGAAUCUCAACCUCCUGAGGGUGAAGAAACAGAAAAUUUGCCUCAAAUGGUAGCUUCAGGCAAUGAGGAUGUAAAUGAUGUAUCCGAAGCGUAGAAUUUCAUUUAAGUUUCAUUGUUGUCCUGUUUCUCCUUAUCGAAGUUUGCUCGCACAUCUGCCAGCUAAACCCCGUGAUGCUUGGGGGCCUGAUGAUUCUUUCUUGCCAGGGCGAGUUGUUUAAUGUUUAUCUCAUUUUGAUGAAAACUUAUGUACGUCCAUGUCGAAACUGAGAAAAUAAGGUGACAAUGCUGUUUCUUUUUAAUAGAUGUUCUCCUAUGUAUUACGAUGGCUUGUAACUUUGAUGAAAUAUGAAGUUGAACUUGCAGCA